UUACGAAAUUCGCAAUCAUCUCUUCUAUUUCAGAAACAUUCGUUUCAGCUGCAAAAAUGAAGAAUCCUUUGCUUUUGGCUCUUCUCAUUGUUGGGGCCAUCGCAUUAUCAGAUACAAGCAGCAGCGGGGAAGAGAGACUCACUUUCUUAGACCAAAGGCUUGCAGUGGUGUACCCAGUGAUCCAGAGAUUCAAGUCACUCAUCACUCUUGAUCCUUUUAAGGUAACACAGACAUGGUUUGGUUCAGACAUCUGCAGUUACCGAGGUUUCCACUGUGACAAUCCUCCGGACAACAAAACCGCAGUCACUGUCGCUUCCAUCGAUUUCAAUGACUUCCAGCUCUCUGCUCCCUCGAUCGAAGGUUUUAUCGACCAGUUCCCCGAUUUGGCUCUCUUUCAUGUAAACUCGAACAACUUUGGAGGUACUGUCCCUUCCAAGAUCGUCAAUCUCAAGUAUCUCUACGAACUCGACAUCAGCAACAAUAAAUUUACCGGUCCGUUUCCGACCGCCGUAGUUGGUAUGCCCGGUUUGACAUUUCUUGACAUCCGGUUCAACUCUUUCUCCGGUUCAGUCCCACCGCAAAUCUUCGGUCAAAACCUCGAGGUUCUCUUCAUCAAUGAUAACACCUUCACUGCGAGCCUCCCGGAGAUACCUGGAGAUAGUCAUAUUCUUUUCUUAACUUUAGCGGACAACAAGUUCAACGGUCCUCUCCCGAUAAGCAUCCUAAGAUCGAUGUCAACGUUAACCGAAGUACUCUUCUUGAAUAACGAUUUUACGGGUUGUAUCCCUUACGAGAUUGGAUUCCUUAAGGGAGCAUCAGUGAUUGAUAUCAGUGGAAAUAAGCUCACGGGUCUUUUGCCGCUUUCUCUUAUGUGUCUAGAGAAAGUAGAGCAGCUCAACUUUGCAGGGAAUCUCUUGUUCGGGGCCAUCCCCGAGGCAGUGUGCAUGCUGCUCUGGGACAAUAUUGUCAACUUAUCGUUGUCUGAUAACUAUUUCACACACGUGGGACCUUGGUGUAAGGGUUUGUUUGAAAGAGGUGUUCUUGACGUUACUAACAAUUGCAUUCCAUUCUUCCCAGGACAAAGAUCGAUUGAUGAAUGUGCGGAGUUCUUUGUCAAACCUAAGUACUACUGUCCUCACCCGUGGUUCCAUAGGUUUCUCCCUUGUCGAUAUUCUCAUAUAUCUUCUUCCCCUUCUGGUGAUUUUAUGCCCAUGGUGGCUCCCUCACCUUGAUGUUCAACAUCAUAUAUCAGCGUAUUUUAUCGCUUUUAUUGUAAUGAAAAAUAAUCUACUAAUGUCUCGGCCAACAAGAUCAUGGUAAGAGAAAGGCGAUAGUGGUUGUCGUGUUGGAAAAACAUGUAUAAAGUUGUUUUUGUUAGCUAGUAUUCUAUUUCAAUGGCCAUGAAUGGGCUCAUAAAUAGAGUAAUGACUCGUGAUAGACAG